ACUGGCAACCCUGCCUCAACUGCCAAAGUCCUAUUUUGUCAUUGGGUGGCUGUGACAGAGAGAGGGAGCCAAGAGAGAAAUACCAGAGAGAGAGAAAGCGAGAGACUCUGUAAGUGAGAAAAAGUGAUAGAGUAAACGACUAAAGCAGCUUGUUAAUUUUCUUACUUGUCAUGGGCCCUUGGGGGUUGAUCAAGUGGCACAGCUGAUUCACAGAGGAGAGGACAGAAGACACGUGAAGAAACGAAAAAAAAAAAAGAACACAAUUGACGAGAAGUAACUAAGGACAACAAUUAUAAGUAACAGCUCAAGAAAAACGCAGGAGAGCGAGGGGCGCACAGGUUGAGCGUUUCAUCCAGAGGGGAGUCGGUCUUUAGCGUGUUGCCUACACGCAGCAGAAAGAGCAGCUGACAAGAUCAGCCAGAUCCUUCGGUCCAUCAUCCAGCCGUCCGUCGAUCCAGUGAGGAAGGAGCAGAGACAUGAAGAGACCUCACGACUACAGUUCCCCAGACUCGGACACAGAUGAGUUUAUUGACGUGGGACAAGAGGACAGCUAUUGUCCAGUCUCCGGGUCCAUGUCUCCUGGCAGUGCCUCACAGAUUUUGGCUCGAAAGAAGAGAAGAGGGAUCAUAGAGAAGAGGCGUAGAGACCGGAUCAACCACAGCCUGUCAGAGCUCCGGAGACUCGUGCCCAGUGCUUUUGAGAAACAGGGUUCAUCUAAGCUGGAGAAAGCAGAGAUUUUGCAGAUGACUGUGGACCACCUCAAACUGCUGCAUGCCAUGGGGGGAAAAGGAUACUUUGAUGCGAGAGCCCUGGCAGUCGACUACAGGACCCUGGGGUUUAGGGAGUGCGUUGGGGAGGUGGUGCGGUACCUCAGCUCCCUUGAGGGGGAGUCCCCGGACCCUAUAGGAGCCCGCCUGGUCUCCCACCUCUCCCACUGUGCAAGUGAGCUAGACCCUCUUCUCUUACAGUCACCUCCUGCCUCCACCUUGUCCUUCCCUCCCUGGCCAUGGGCGUCCUUCCCCCAGAUCUCCCCCAACUCGCCAGCCUCCUCCUCUCCACCUUUCCCCAAUGGGCGAAGAGAUCUUGCCCUGCUCGGGAGCUACCCAUCAUCCGCCUCCCUCCGCCUUGCCCCCCUGGCUGGCUGCCAGCAGGGUGCACCACCACUCCUCGCACCCACAGCUCUGGCCACCGUCCACAGGAUGCCCUCCCUCGCAGCGCCCCCAGCCCUAGCCCCCUCCAGACCAACCCAGCUGUCCCCUCACUGCGCCACCAGGGCCUCGCCUCUUCCUCUCCCUACCCCUUCUUCUUCCUCUUCUUCUUCCACCUCUUCUUCCUCCUCUUCUGCUUCAUCAUCUUCUGCUUCACCGCAAGUCUCUUUCAGGCCCUUUGCGCCUCUGGGGUCUCCCACAGCCCAGCACAGGGGCUUGAGUGGCUCAGCCAAGGCUGCCCAGGGAUGGGGGACUGAGAUCGGAGCUUUCUGAGGCUCAACUCCAGUUUUGUUUUCCAAAUGAACUCUGUACAGUGGACAUGGAGCUCCCAUGUGCACCAUGUAGCAAGUAUAAUACCUUUGGACAAUGAAGUAUUGGACCUUUGAUAAUUGUCUCCACCUUAAAGGGACUCUAAAAGCCAUAUCAGACUAUGGGUGAAGUUUUGAUAAACACAAACAAUCGUAUAUCAUUAAAGAAUGGAGGAAUGUGAAGGAAUCGAAGAUUUGAAUAAAUUCAUGUUCAUGAUCUUGCUUGACAAAUACAUACAUAGAAGAGUGUCCAGCAGAGCCAUAUAUGUAACUCUCAACAGGGUGAUGUUGAGUUUUCACUGACCUUUUAACUGUGAUAUUUGUUUGUUUUUUUCCCCCAAACUUUUAUACAUUUGAUUACCUUUUUCAACUCUGAAGAAUGUUUGACAAAAAUCUUUAUAAAG